AGAGUGUGCGUGGACGGCGUGGGCUUCUCCCUUCUCCAGAGCGCACACACGGAGCAUCAUCACGCGGCUCACAGCAACAGCUUCCUCCAUCCUCUUCCUCGCUGUCUCCGGGCUGCAGAGAGGGGCGCUUGCGGGAUUUACGGAGUACAUCAAGUGAGCUGGGAGUAGACUUCCUGGUUUGUCCUGAACACAGGAAGCCCCCAUCACCUUCAGAGGCCUCUCCCCUCCAUUGCUUCUUCUAAAUUGUCUUUAAAAUGGAGGACGGCUAUCAAAACCGGACUGCUUUCAUAAAAGGUGCCAAAGACAUUGCGAAAGAAGUCAAGCGGCAGGCCUCAAAGAAAGUCGGCCGCUCGGUGGAUCGGAUGAGUGACGAGUACAGCAGGAGGUCCUACAGCCGCUUUGAAGAGGACGAGGAUGAUGACUACCCUAUGCAGGGGAGCCAGGAUGGAGGCUACUACCGCAGCGACAGCCAGGCCGCCAACGACGAUGAGGGUGGCCACAGUGACUCCACCGAGGGCCACGACGAGGACGACGAGAUCUACGAGGGGGAGUACCAAGGAAUCCCCAGGGCCGAUUCUGGGAAAGGCGACCUGGCCGGAGGUCCUGGAUCAAUAACAGCCGGGGCUCAGCAGUUCAAAGAUGUCGGGGCGUCCGAGGCGGCAAGGCGGAAGGACCAGGAGGAGCUGGCUCAGCAGUACGAGACCAUCUUACAGGAAUGUGGCCACGGGAAGUUCCAGUGGAGCCUGUACUUCGUGCUGGGGCUGGCACUGAUGGCCGACGGCGUGGAAAUCUUCGUGGUGGGGUUUGUCCUCCCCAGUGCAGAGAAGGACAUGUGUCUGUCUGAGCCCAGCAAAAGCAUGCUUGGCCUCAUCGUGUAUUUUGGGAUGAUGGUUGGGGCUUUCCUCUGGGGGGCGAUGGCGGACCGGAUAGGCCGUCGGCAGUCCCUCAUCAUCUCUCUGUCCAUCAACAGCAUCUUCUCCUUCUUCUCGUCCUUCGUUCAGGGUUACAGCACUUUUCUGUUUUGCCGCCUCCUCUCAGGUGUUGGAAUUGGUGGUUCAAUCCCCAUCGUGUUCUCCUACUACUCUGAAUUUCUGUCCCAAGAGAAGCGCGGCGAGCACCUCAGCUGGCUCUGCAUGUUCUGGAUGAUUGGAGGAAUUUAUGCGUCCGCCAUGGCCUGGGCCAUCAUCCCACACUAUGGGUGGAGCUUCCAGAUGGGCUCAGCGUAUCAGUUCCACAGCUGGCGAGUGUUUGUGUUGGUCUGUGCGUUUCCUUCUGUUGCAGCCAUCGCUGCACUCAACGCCAUGCCUGAGAGCCCACGCUUCUACUUAGAGAAUGGGAAGCAUGAUGAAGGCUGGAUGAUUCUGAAGCAAGUUCAUGACACAAACAUGAGAGCCAAAGGAUACCCAGAGAAGGUGUUCACUGUCACCACAAUAAAGACUGUGAAGCAGGUUGAUGAGUUUGUGGACAUUGGCACAGACACCCCCGUCUGGCAGCGCUACAGACUGAAGAUCAUGAGUCUCUCCCAACAGAUACGGAACAACAUUCUUGCCUGCUUUAGCCCUGAAUACAAACGGACCACCUUUAUGCUCAUGGCUGUUUGGUUCAGCAUGUCUUUCAGCUACUACGGGCUGACAGUGUGGUUCCCUGACAUGAUCAAGUACAUCCAGAAGCAGGAAUAUGAAUCACGGACAAAGACCUUCACCAAGGAGCGAGUGGAGCAUGUCACUUUUAACUUCACUCUGGAAAACCAAGUCCAUCGCGAUGGAUACUAUUUUAAUGACAAGUUCCUCAGCCUGAAGAUGAAGUCCAUGGUGUUUGAAGACUCAGUGUUUGAGGAGUGCUACUUUGAGGACGUCACCUCCACACACACAUUCUUCAGGAACUGCACCUUCAUCGCCAGCUUGUUUUACAACACAGAUUUGUUCAAGUACAGGUUUAUCAACUGCAAGCUGAUCAACAGCACGUUCCUCCACAACAAAGAGGGCUGCAUGCUGGACUUCAGCGACGACUUCAACAACGCCUACAUGAUAUACUUUGUCAACUUCCUUGGCACACUAGCUGUGCUCCCCGGGAACAUUGUGUCUGCGCUUUUGAUGGACAAAAUCGGCCGUUUGAGGAUGCUGGCGGGAUCUAGCGUCAUAUCCUGCGUCAGCUGCUUCUUCUUGAUAUUCGGUAACAGCGAGUCGGGGAUGAUCGCCCUCUUGUGUCUGUUUGGUGGUAUCAGCAUCGCCUCGUGGAACGCCCUGGAUGUGAUAACGGUGGAGCUGUACCCCUCAGAUAAAAGGACCACAGCGUUCGGUUUCCUGAACGCCCUCUGCAAACUGGCAGCUGUUCUGGGCAUCAGCAUCUUCCAGUCGUUCGUGGGCAUCACUAAGGCCGUGCCCAUCUUAUUCGCCGGCGGAGCACUCGCCGCCGGCAGUUUCCUCGCGACAAAGCUGCCUGAGACGAGAGGCCAGGUGUUGCAGUGAGGCCGACGACCAGCAGCAGGCAGCAGAGUUCGGCCGGAGGGAGAGAGAGAGCGAAAGGCCUGAACAUCCCAGAGAGCUUCAGCGCUGCCCGUUCGUUUCACAGCAACAGCAGAGACUGCCUGCCCCCCUAUUGUGAGCCCAGAAUCCUUUGAAAUGUGGAUCGCAUCGUUCAAUGUCAGGUAUUAAAGAAGAGCCAACAUUUUUUAUUUUUUUUUUUUAGAAAACCUGCACAAAAUCUCAAUACCUGUGGCUUAUUUUCAGCUGCUCUGACAGGUAUUACAAAAGUCUAAUCCUACAAAGGUGGUUCAAUAUGUGUUUGUACUAAGAUGUGGUCACAGUGGAAUGGCAGAAAAAACUGAAAAGAAGAAGCAUUUGUUGGUGGAAAGAUGAAAUUGCAGCGUUCUUCUUUACUCGUGUGUCUUAAUCUCCAUGACUGGUUUACAGAGCUGUUACUUAUUUCGUUGUUGUCAAAGUAGUUCAGCUCAUCACUGCCAGACCCACUGGGAGCAGGUAUUACCCACAAAAACCCACUAAAACGUUUCAGUAAAGCUGACUUCCUCAGACAGACGGACAUGCAUUUCACAGGAUUCUUGGUUAGAUCCGGUUCCUCAGUGUCAAGCCGAUGUUUACCCUCCCUGUUGUGUAACAGUGUGUGGAUGUUCAUGGGUGAGAGGGAUGGAUUUGGGUCAAAUGUUUAUGUGUGAGAGGAGAACAUUGUGGUGUGCUUUUUGUCUGCAUUAGUUGUGUGUUUUAAGGGAGCCACUUGUGUUUGAGCUUUUGUGGAUGGAACAACUGCGAGGUUGAAAUGUUUGUUUUAGGUGAAAAUCAGGUUUUGGAGUUAGCUUCACAGAAAGGUUAAUGUACAUCGAUCUGAUUGACUGCUUGUUUCUAUGUAGGCAGAAUGUGUUUAUAUUUUGAUUUAUUGUAGUCAUAAAGAUUCAAUACAACUCUCUUUGUCAUCUUAUGUCCUCAGACUCAGGAGGAAAUCCCGGGCCUGAAUCAGGUCGAGUUAGUUUUACUCUGAAGUUGUUUUGUUUCUUAUUGUGUUCAUAAUUCCCCAAUUUGAUUUUUUUUGUCCUUGAGGUCAGUGAUUGAUUUGCAGAUAUCAAGACACACUGUGAUAUUAUAUUAAAAUGAUUACAAUUAGUUCUAAAACUGCAAAUAAAACUCUGCAUCUUUAAAUUCCAGUAAAACAGAACCCAAAAUCUAUUCAGGAUGACACUUACGAGCGCACCAGUCCAGGAUGUGCCGCUUCAAACGUCAUACUAUUCAACAGCUAGUACUGCUGCAGCUCUUUCUUUGGCAUGGAAAGCUGUUAGCUAAUGUUUGAGCACAUGGUGCAGAGCAUGCCACAUGACACAGACAGACAGACAACCGCAGCAGUUUCUACUUGGGAUCAGAUCAAGUCCUGCCUUAUCACCUUUUAACUUCAUUAAACCAAUGGGACCAACACUAAAAAAAACAGGCAGCAAAGCAUAUAAGGAAGGUAUGAGUUAAUUUUAAGGGCUCCUGUUCAGUCAUUCCUCACCGUACAAAUUUUUUGUUGAAAAAUAUUCGCUCACUCCACCGCUCUCCAACUUACAAAGCGGAUUGAACUUAUUGCUGAUUCUUGGCGUCGUUUGUCUUGACGUUUUACAUCAUCAUGUGUGCUGACAAUCAGUGAGUGUGAGAUUUUGACCUUAACACAUCCUCUAAAUUGUACACGUGUGUUUACUAGUAGCGUACUGUUAUUUUAUAGUUGCGGGCGGCAUGAAAUUAAAUCUGCAAAAGAACGAGGAGGUGAAUUUCUAAAAGAAUAAAUUAACAAGUAGGAGAAGGUUCUUAUUACGAAUAAAGAUAAUUACUUUCACAUAAUUGUUUACUACUACACAUAUUUUUUAAAGUAAAGAAAAAAAUGUAGUUCAUAAACUUGUUUUUAAAUUCCUCUAUUUUUUCUAUUUAUAGUUGUAUUAAUAUAUUAUAUUGAUAUAAAAGUACUCAACAGUAGCUUAUACUUUUUUUUUUUCCAUUAGCGAAGUGGACUUGCCCAAAAUCUAAAUGAUCUUUGAAACACAACAUAAGAAUACGUUUUAAAAGAUUAGGGCUUAAAGUAAAGGAAAUAACUGCACAAUAUAAACUUAUAAACACUACAGACUGUUUAUUUUUAAUGUCAUUCCAAAGUCAGACCGCUACUGACUUCUGUUAGCAUAGCUUAGCAUAGUAAAUGUGGUGCAAACAUAUUAGCACUGGAAGUGCAAGUCUGUCAGACGUUCAGUAACUUUAUAAAACUACAUUUAUUCUUUCACAUAUGGUCAAAAACUGUUGCUAGUUCAUGUGCAUCCAGCGUUAGCCAUGUAGCAUAGCUAGCUAAUACAGCAAGUUGUGAAAGCAGCAGAUAAAAAUGACAGGAGUUAUUUCUUAAAAAGUCAUUGAGGUUCUUCAUGCUCCAUGUAUUAAUUUUUUUUUAGCAUCUUUUGUACCUCCCAUAAAACCAGCUUUUUUGACAAACCUCAGUUAAAACAUUUUAUUUUAUUUUUUACAACUACAAUGCUAAGUGAAGCUAGCUGUUUAUUGAAUCGAAUACUGGAGCUUAUUUCAAUAGAAACUGACCGAAUGGAAAACAAAAUCACUAAACUUGGUGGUUCACACGUUUAGUUAGUUAGAUUUUUUCCAUCAGUAUAGAUUAUAAUGUCUUUGAAAAGGCCUUAAAUGAAGCCGACUUCAGAGACAUGACCUGACUGAUUAAACGCAAGGCAACACCGUGACUAAAAUCCAGAGGUGGGGACCCGAGUCGCAUGACUUGGACUCGGCUCAUUGAAAUCAAGACAUGAGACUUGACUUGAAAAAAUGCAAAUAUUCCCAAAUCCAAAAUUUGACAGGUAGGGGUAUAUUUAAAGACAAUCUAUGCUGAGAAAAACACUAUUGACAACAAAGCAAGUGUUUACUGCAGCCAGUGUGUUGUACUGUUUUUACAGUUAUAACUCUUCAAAUAGCGGUGUGAUGGUCGUUGAAAUACCAUCUCCAAGUGAUAUAAUAUCUUAGUGGUAUAAUUUUGCUAGAAAACAAAUCAAAACCCAGGUAUCUUGCUAUCCUUCAGAAAUUGCUGUGAAAGUAAAAAAUUGUACAAUUGUAAGGACGUAACGCUGUGGGUGUUUCUGGAUGACACAUGGUCUAUCAUUUACAUUUAGCAUAAUUGGAACAUUAUUAAAAAAAAAACAAGCCAAAAAUUAAAAAACGACUUGAAAUUCCAAGCUCCCGACUUGAGGACAAAGACCCGAAACUUACUUAAAACUUACAAAGUAGUGACUUGGUGACACCUGUGCUAAAAUCCUUUUUCUUUUUUACCCGUCAGAUUUCUGUAUGCAGCCGAUCUUGACGCAUGUUUGUAUCGUAUUGUCUAAUCUCUUGGAUGUUCUGUAUGCCAGCUGUUUUUGUCUAAAGCAAGAGAAGCAGUGUUUUUGUUGUAUGAUGACAUAGGUAUGUUGCUUGCAAUGAUUGUUCUUUAUCAAACUGGGGUCAACGUUGGUUGAACUUAUGUGACAGUCAGUCGAUGGUAACUGUGCUCCUUGUACAGCUUGGACCCAAGUUACCUCAAGACACUCAUAUUGUUUAUUAAUAAAUAUCUGAGUAUGAUGCUGCUUGAAACACAUCAAUCUUGUCAGAUAUACAAGAUAGGGAAGGCCGGGAAGAGGCAAUAGUAACGGGGAGCCAAAAAUAUGCAUAAAUUAACAAAAAGUUAGACGUCACAUGAACCUACUUGUUUGAGUUUAUAAAAUAAAAGAGGACAGGUAAGCAAAAAGAAAGGCCAUGACUUAUUAAAAAGUUUUCCUGUUAAAGUUUAAGCUCCUGUCCAAAAUGUAACCAACUGUUGCUAUCUGUAAAAUCUAUACAUGUACAAAUGAAAAACUUAUUUCUGGUUUGAGUUUUAUGGCAGCAUAUAGACACCAGAAUUACUUGCCUUGAUUAUGGUGGUCUGUUAAAGGUGUUUUCAUGGCAUGAUAUUUGUCUGAUCAACUCAUAUGAACAUUCAAAUGGGUUCUGAAUGACUUGUUUACCGAAAAAAAGAAAAAAAAAGGAAUCAACCCAUCCCGGAACAACACUCAUUUGCAGAGAA